GGCCGCGGCAAGAUGGCGGCCUCGCGGCGAGGGACAGCUUCCUCCACGGUGCUCUCAUCGCUCCCUCUUCAGAUGCUGCUCUAUCUGAGUGGAAUGUACUAUGCCCUUUAUUUCCUAGCCACGCUCCUGCUGGCCGUGUAUAAAAGUAAGUCUCGUGCGAAAAGGCAGCUCAAAGGUGUGGGUACCCUGCGUCCUGCAACAGGGGCUCAGCUUUGUUGCCUGUUUUUCUCCAGGCCAGGUUUUCACUUACCCUCACAGUUACCUGGUCCUCGACCUGACUCUGCUCUUUCUGAUGGGGAUUCUGGAAGCAAUUCGGUUAUACUUUGGCACCAAGGGCAACCUGAUGGAAGCCGAGGUACCGCUGGCCGCCAGCCUGGUCCUCACGGUGGGCGGUGCCCUGCUGUCCGUCUACUUCCUGCUCUGGCAGACCCUGGUGCUGUGGGCAGACUCGGCCCUCAGCGCCGUGCUCCUGGUGCUCCACGGCCUGGAGGCCGUCCUGCAGGCGGUGGCCAUCGCCGGCUUCGAGGGCUAGGUGGGCGGUGCCCGGCCCGCGGGACAGCCCUGGGCAGGAGACCUUCCUCAGAGCCAGACUGUGCCCCAGCCGUCACCUCCCCCACUGACAGUUGCUGAGCGGGAAGGACAUCUUCGUGCUGACCUGCCUCAGUGUUUGUUAGAGGGUCAGAUGGUGUGGAGGGUCUGUGAGGCGGAGGUGGGGUCGGGAACCAGGGCAGAACAAGGUGCUGGGCAGGGGCUGGGUGUGGCGGAAGCAGGGGUGGGGCUGUCCCCGCCGGUCUGCGGGGAAUCGCGGGGACAUCUCGGGCUGGUGGGGGUCUGGCUUCAGCAGCCACCGACAUCCGGGGUGCAGAGGGGAAAGAGGCCUUUGGAAGGCAGGCAGCCAGGCCAGUGCCCUCGCGGUGUCCGUGGCAUCUCCCUCUCAGGCCGGGAUCGGCCGUCUCUGCUCUCCCUGCAGCUUCGGGGUGGCACAGGGACCAGGGGUCCUGCUCUGCGGGCCAAGCCCCGGGCAGGUGGUGCGCUCUGCCGCGCACAGGAGGCACCUGCCGAGGGCCAGGCAACUCGGGGCUGGGGGGUUUCCUUUCCCUUGGGGGCUCUGGAGAAAGGCGAAGGUGACCUGGAAGCCCCAGCGCAGAGGGGGGGAGGAGAGCUGGAGAGGCCCCCGUAGGGGUGCUGUCCGGCUCCCAGGCCCUCUGCAAGUGCUCCUGGAAGGGGUCUGCGCCGAUGUUUCCUAGUGACUUCCCUUGGUCUCAAUUUCACGUUUUCUAAGUCUCGAGUAACGUUGUGUUUGAGCAUCUGGAUAGUCUCUCUUCACGGUAUUUUUAAAUAAAGAAGCUUCUCUACCUCUCUGAA